AUGUGCUACGCCCCAAGAUUCCCCGACGAUUUCAGUAGCAGAAGCUUCCAUGGAGAUCUGCGUUUCGCCCUGGAGGACGCUGCAUUCAGCACGAGGAGGUCCAUCUACAGGAAAUGGGGCGUGCAGUACCGGGAGUUUACACCCAGCGUCUAUGGAGGCGCUGGAGGCUUCGGGACCCGCGUCUCGACCCCCAGAUUCUUGGGGAGCUGUGGGAACGAUUUUAUCAUCAGCUGCGGAGGCCUAUUUGUUGGCAAUGAGAAAAUGACCAUGCAGAACCUAAAUGACCGUCUGGCAAGCUAUCUAGAAAAGGUGCGGUCCCUGGAGCAGUCCAACUUCAGUCUAGACGUUCAGAUCAAACAGUGGUGCCAAACCAACGUGCCUAGCACCGGCCGGGACUACAGUUCAUAUUACAAACGAAUCACAGAGCUGCAAGAUCAGAUUAGGGAUGCUCAACUGCAAAAUGCCCGAUGUUUCCUGCAAGUUGGUAAUGCUAAACUGGCUGCUGAGGACUUUAGACUGAAGUAUGAAACCGAGAGGGGGUUUCACUUAACAGUGGAGGCCGAUAUCCGGGGCCAGAAUAAGGUCAUUGAUGAUCUAACCGUUUGUAAAACAGACUUGGAGAUUCAAAUUGAAGGACUGAAUAAAGAGCUGGUUCUCCUCAAAAAAGAGCAUCAGGAGGAAGUCGAUGGCCUGCGUGGGCUUCUGGGCAACAAGGUCAAAGUGGAGGUGGAUGCUGCUCCAAGCCAAAGCCUCAGUGUCAUCCUGACUACCUUGAGGGAGAAAUAUGAAGUCACACUCGAGAAGAUCCGUCAAGAAAUUACAGAACAGUUUCAGAGACAGAUUGAAAUUCUGGAGCAUGAAGUCACAGUGCAAAGAGAAGAGAGUGAAAAAAUUGAGACUCAACUACUGCAGCUGAGACAAACCUAUGAGCACAUAGAGACAGAGCUUCGGUCCAGUCUCAGUACGAAAGAAUCUUUGCACCUAACAGUAGAGUCUACCGACGCUCGUUUUAAGGGUCAGUUGGUCACCAUCCAGGAAAAGAUACAUUUUCUAGAGGCAGAAUUGACACAGAUUCGGAAUGACACAGAACGCCAGAAGAAUGACUACAAUAUUCUUCUUGACACAAAGUCCCGGCUAGAGCAAGAAAUCGCUACUUACAGCCACCUUCUGAAUGGAGAAGAUGUAAAAAGUACAGAAUAUCAAUUAGACACCCUGGAAGAGAGAGGUUAG